AUGAAGUUCCUCAAUGUCUGCGUCAUGGCGGCUGUCUGUAUUGCAGCAGUGGUUCCGGAUGCUGCCGAAGACGUCGAAGUAGAGCUCGAGCUCUUCCAUGGACCAGACAAGGUCCGCGUCAAGGAAUCCCAUGUCUCAUCGACUGGCCUCUUCCCCGUUCGGGACGAGAUGUUGGCAUGCUUCGAGAAGCAACUCAAGAGCCCAGCCUGGAUCAAUGGCAUCUGCCAGCCGCUCAGCAACGUCACGUGGACCAGCACCGCGCGCAGGUGGAAGUCCCCAAAGAUAUGCAUCGAUUACUGCAAGGAAAAGAUCGAGGUGGCCAUCCUGAAGGGUUGGGACGGUGCGAGAUGCCGGGCCAGGAAGGGUGGAGAGAAGAAGAAGCACGCUACAUGCUGGUGGCAGUAUUGUAACACUGCAGCCCCGGAAGCUUGUGCAUUCCCAGGCUCAAAAAUCGGCUUCCCGGGCGCAAUUUCAAACUAA